AUGAACCUCCUCUGAAUCCAAGAUGGCCAACAGGAAUGUCUUGUCAAUCCUUCUAUUCCAGGAGAACUCUAGAGUGUCCUCUAGGUCGGACAAGCAGCUUAUUCCGCUUCUAAAGGAGGCAUUGUCGGUAUGACCCUCCCCAUCGCACGGGACCUUGCACCCAUGGGCAUCAGAGUUGUUACCAUAGCACCUGGGCUGUUCUCCACUCCUCUCCUCGCUAGUCUUCCAGAGAAGGUGCGCUCAUUUCUUGCUCGCCAGGUGCCCUUCCCCUCGCGCCUGGGAGACCCCGCUGAGUUUGCCCACUUGGUGACGUCGCUGGUGGAGAACCCCAUGAUUAAUGGAGAGGUCAUCAGACUGGACGGAGCCAUUCGCAUGCAGCCCUGAGACGGGUCGUGUGUGUGUGUUUUUGUGUGUAUGUGUGUGUUUGUCUGCCUGGUGUAUUUACAUUCUAGAAAUCUACACGUAGCAGCUAUAAACUGUCAUCAAUCACCAACCACUUUAUGAAAUUAUGUGAGAGUGAAAGACUUUUAAAAUGUUCUCCAUUCAGACCUCUACAAUGUAAUAAACAUCAGAUGAGUUUGAUUAACUA